GCGGCUGUGUGAAGUUUGCUGUUCAGAACGAUAGCCAUCGUGCAGCAGUGCUGCGCCUCGAGCGAGUGUGCGCUAGCAGUGCUAACCCGAGCACCACUGCUACGAAGAGAUGGCGCCACGCCUGCUAGCACUCAUAACAGCAGCCUCCGCACUCAUCGCGCCACCGCGCACGAAGCAACCAACAAAGCUCCACGGCACCUACCGCUUAUAUGACGUCGUCGUGCCGCAGGGCGCGGACCCCGGCGCCGCGGCGCCGUCGUCGCAGCUCUCGCCGGCGCUGAAGAAGGCCUGCAAGAAGCGCGUGACAAAAAAGGGGAGGCUCCGGCGAGUAAUAAGAGUGGUCCGCAAGUCGCUCGACGUGCGGAAGAAGCUGCCCGAACCGCGCUGGACCUACGUCGUGGACGUCGAGUGCGCCGGCGCGCUCGCGGAGCAGCCGGGCCGCUGCGAGCGGCUCGAGGGUUUGACCGUAGCGCCCGCGCGCGUCACGGACACGAAGAAGAAGCGCACUGUCGUCGUCGUCGGCUCGGGCCCCGCGGGCCUCUUCGCGGCGCUGCAGCUCGCCUCCGACGGCUGCGCCGUGACACUGAUCGAGCGCGGCGAGCCCGUCGAGCGCCGCGGCCGCGACAUCGGCCGGCUCAUGGCGGGGCGCCAGCUCCAGGCGCAGUCGAACUUUUGCUUUGGCGAGGGCGGCGCGGGCGCGACGGCGGCGUCUUAAGGAAAGCGUGGUGGUGGGGACCGUCGACCGGGGGAACGCGACGCAGGCACGUGGUCCGACGGCAAGCUCACGACGCGCAUCGGCCGCAACUCGGGCGACGUCCGCGCGGUCCUGCGGACCUUCGUGCGCCACGGCGCGCCUUCGGAAAUAUUGACGCAGGGCGCGCCGCACCUCGGCACGGACGGCCUCAUCGGCAUCCUCAAGUCGCUGCGCGGGCAAUUGACGGAACUCGGCGUGGACCUGCGCUUCGGCACGCGGUUGCUGGGCCUCGAGACGGAAAAUAACGAGUGCGUCGGCGUCCGCGUGCUGGGCGAAGCCGGAGAGGCCACGAUACAUGCGGACGCCGUCGUCUGCGCCGCGGGCCACAGCGCCGACGACGUCUACGACGCGCUCGAGGCCGCGGGCGCCAAACUCGAGGCGAAGCCCGUCGCGGUCGGCUUUAGGGUGGAGCACCCGCAGUCGUUGGUGAAUGGUCUGGCCUACGGCGACCUCGCCUGCCGCGUCGUCACGGGCAAUUCUAGAACCGACAAGGCCAAUCUGUUAAGGCACCCGACCGACGAAGCUUUGUCGAGGGACUCGGAGGCUCUGUUACCGGUCGCGGCAUAUAGACUCGCGGCGGACGUCGGCGACCACUCCAUAUAUAGUUUCUGCAUGUGUCCUGGGGGGCAAGUUGUUCCAGCUCUAACAAAACCGUCGGAGAUGGUCGUCAACGGCAUGUCCUACUCGCGGCGGCACUCGCUGUUCGCGAACGCGGCGCUGGUCGUGAGUGUUGCGACGGACGACCCGUGCUUGGAUCAAACGAAGGGUGCGCGGCGCGUCCUCGCCUUCCAGCGGUCGUUGGAGAGGAAGGCGGCUCUCUUGGGUGGCGGCGACUACGUCUGCCCCGUCCAGCGCCUGACCGAUUUCGUCGACAAGAAAGCGCCGCGUCAGAGACCGCCGCCGGCGUCGUCCUAUAGAUUGGGCGUGCGCGAGGCGUCAUUGCACGACGGCUUACUCCCAGAUCCCUUGGCGGACGCGCUGCGGGCCGCGGCGACGGGCGCGUUCGAAAGGUCCAUGCCCGGAUUUGUCGGCGACGACGCGAUCCUCCACGGCGUCGAGACGCGGACGUCGGCGCCGUUACGGGUCGUGCGCAAUGCUGAAUGCGAGUCUGUGUCCCUCAAAAACUUAUACCCGUGCGGCGAGGGCGCGGGCUACGCGGGGGGCAUCGUCUCCGCGGCCGUCGACGGGCUGCGCGUGGCGCGGGCCGUGAUCGGCGGGCAGUGCUCGGAUGUAGGCGCGGCGACGGGCGUCGAGGACCCGCAGGACGUCGCGGCGGUGGCUUCUUAAGUUGCUUGUUUUGUGA